UCAGAAUUAUUGAGUGGGCCACAUCAGCGACAUUUAAUCUGAAACAUUUUGGUAUCACAUAAAAUUUUUGAUCGAAUAUUAGCUCGUCCUUUCAGCGAGUGAACAAUAAAAUUUGGUUUCAAUAAAAGGAAUUUCGGCAGUCAUGUCAAACACAUCGAACGACUACGCAAUCAAAGGUAUUUCAUCAGUUGGUGAACAGUUGUAUUUGAACGAAGAGACGGCCGAUUUUCACUUUAUUUGUAAGUCAGCCGAUGGAAAAGAUGAACGCAUUCCCGUCCACAAAUUGCUUCUCGGCAGCGUUAGCGAUGUUUUCCGAGCAAUGUUCAGCGAUUCAUGGAAAGAUAAAGUCGACGUUGUAAUUACAGACGCCACAGUCGCUGAAUUCGAAGAAUUUUUGCAAUUCUUUUAUUUGACACGGGCAAAAUUAACGAUGGAUAAUAUUGCCAAGGUUUUGUAUCUCGGUGACAAAUACAACGUAACUGAAUGUAUGGAUACAUGCACCAAAUUCCUGCGACGAACAAUCACUGAAAACAACGUUUGUUGGUGCUAUGCGCUUGCCGUUCUCCACCAUCAAGAUGAUUUGAUACGAUACUGCGAACUAAUGAUCGCCGAAAAUACAAAGGCUGUUUUUUCUUCGACCAGUUUUCUGGAAUGCAGCAAAGAAGUGUUGGGUCACAUUUUGGGAAUGGACUCAUUGUCUUGUUCCGAAGUGGAAGUAUUCAAAGCGAUUAUUGAGUGGGUAAAAAAAGCCAGCGGAGAGAAUGAAUUGACAAGAGAAAUUGUUCAAACUCAUUUGGGUGAACUAUUUUUUAAAAUUCGCUAUCGUUCGAUGACAUUUGAAAAUUUUGCUGCUCUCGAUCCUUUAUAUGGUGGUCUUUUCACGUUAGACGAAUAUCGAGAAAUUGUUCAAUUGAAUGCAACAACACAGGUGAAAUCACAUACUCACGCGUGAUUUCAAAUACAUUCGUGAGGGGACCAUAUUUCAUUAAAAAUAUUGAAACAACCAGAUUCUCAGUCAAUGAACCAUUGCUUUUAAAAAUGAUCACUUGUACUCGUGUAAACGUUUUUGAAAACAACAAAUACAGUACUCUUGAAGAAGAGUUUCCAUCGAAAAUGACAAUCGUUCAAAUGUCCGAUCCAAAGGAAUCUGGUGAUGAAAUCGUUCUCCAUAGUAAAAAAGUUGCUUUGCAAACAAAUAAACGCUCCGACAUAUUUUUGACCAAGCCCAUUUUCAUCAAACCUGGAAUUUUGUACGAAAUCCGCUUCGAGCAAACUCCAUUAACCAACUAUUGUACUGGCAUACAAAUGAAAACCGAAUCACAAUUAGAUUCUGAUAUCGUUAUAAAGUUUUACAACGAUCCGACUGUAUCGAAGUCUGAUGAAGCCCGGGGGCUAGUACGUGGUUUGAUUUUCAAUAAAAUUUAAGUCAUUUCCAGGAAAAUUCCAAUCGAAUGAAAUCAUCCACAUGUCAACAUAAACAGAAAUUCACAAAACGUAACUGAACUUACAUACAUCGA